GAGAAAAUGUAAAACAAAACAAAACUACUAAUAAAAACAAAACAAAAAAAAAAGUUUAAAGGGUGUGAAAACUUUCGCGAGGCGUUGUAGCCGAGCCUGGGGUGACCAGGAGGCAGAAGUGCAGCAGUGCAGUGCAAGAUGGAGAGUUGGCUGUAUUGCUGAUGACAGGUGGGAUGCUGCAGAGGAGGAGAGUCCUCUGUAAUAAAUCUUGAGGCUUUUUGUGGCAGCCUCUACAUUUACAGCCAAUUACAGCACUUCAUCGACUUGUACAGGGAGGGGGGGGGUUGUUCUUUAGAGAGGGAUGAUUUAUAUUGAGCAGAUAACUGAUAACAGUCUUUAUUUUAAGUACAAACAGCCAGUUAAACCAAACUGAACAGCAGUUGUUCUUUGGAACACGGGAGUGGAUCUUUAAAGCCGAGAGAUUUAAAAGGGACUAAGGAGUUUCCCUAGUGGGGAUCCGUGUAUGCAGAGAGCCCCUCCAUUAUGCGCUCCAUUUCUCCUUCCCAAUACUUCUCCCUGCUAACACGCCACCCCUCCCCUCUCACUUCCACUGCACACAGUAAAUCCAGAGCCUGCAGUGCCUGAUCGAGCCAACCCUUAAAGAUCCAUAAGAUGCAGUAGUAAACUCUCAGCUUGCACAGGGAGGAAGAAGAGGGACUGAACUGCACGCAAGUUUAGGGCAGAACACCUGCACUGGACAAGUGAGCAGGGGUCAAAUACUAAGAUAGACAUACAUAGGAGAGACGGGAGGUGGGCGGGGGGGGGGGAGAAGGAAAAWAAAUUCACCUUCAGCAGAGCACCAGCUGGUCCCGAGCUUGAAAGCAGCAGAGAGGAGACAGAAGAGGUGCUGAGCGGCAAAAAGGAGCAGAGAAAAAGUGACUGGAAUGAUAAGAUGAGGAGCAGGCCCGUGAUGUUAAAGCCGUUUCUUAAUGAGGCCCUCCUGGAGCUGGUGCUCGUGCUGUGGCUCGGGCUCCGCGUCCUGGCCGUGUGCCCCUCCGUGUGCUCCUGCAGCCGCAGCCACAGAGAGGUGGACUGUUUCCRGAGGAGCUUGAGAGAGCUCCCCGACGGCUUGCAGCACAACAUCCUCUCCCUCAACCUGUCCCACAACCGGCUCCUCCAUCUGGACGACAGGCUCGCCUCGUACACCCACCUCCGCGUCCUGGAUUUGUCCCACAACAGGCUGAGCCGCCUUCCCAGAGGCCUGCCUCGCUCCCUCUGGGAGCUCCGCGCCUCGUCCAACCGCAUCCAGCUGCUGGACAAGAACGAUACAGUCUACCACUGGAACCUGAAGACCCUCGACCUCUCGGGCAACAAGGUAGAGAGGGCCGUCUUCAUCAAUAACACAAUGCCUGAGCUGCACAUGCUCAACCUCAGCAAGAAUCACUUCUACACUUUGCCCACUAACCUCCCUGCGCACCUGGAGACCGUCGAUCUGUCCCACAACAUGCUUCUGAAGGUGCUGCCGGGCUCUCUUGACCGACUCCCAAAGUUAACCCACUUCUACCUGCACUCUAACCGCUUCUCCUCACUGCCCUUUGGAGUUUUGGACAAGAUGGUUUCACUUAGAGUCGUCACUCUGGGCAGCAACCCUUGGGCUUGCCACCUUCACGAGGUCGACUACUUGCUGUCUUGGACUCAGAGCACCUCGGCGCUUGUGCUCGGCUGCCCCUGCUACACCCAGCCCGUGUGUGGAACGACGCACUCCAGCAGGACCGGAGGUUUGCACUUUGGCUCCUUUGUUCUGCCUCCACUGGCAGUCAGUGCCUCGGAUCUGAGCUCACCCGAAGACGGCGUCACGCCGUGGUACUGGUCCGUCUCCGCUCAGCGAAGCACGCCCCAAACCCGCAGAGAGUCUCUAAACACGGGGCACGAUGCCUUCACGGAAACAGCCAUCAGCAUUUCCACCUUAACGAUUAAUCACCUGGCUGGAACCGGCAGCCGAGAGGACAUAGAUCAUCUCAUCUCAGGCACAAAGGAAGCUUCAUCCUCGGCCCCACUCCACACCGCAGACUCAUCCCAUUUCUCUGACAAAAGUCUCAUUACCGACACAUCUAAAGGAAACGGCGUGGAGCUGGCCACCGAUCGAUUCUUUAUAACCGAGGCCUCCUCCACCCAAACAAAGAGGACCGCCACUCUCCGCACCAGAAGCGUCAGGAGACAGAAUCAGUUGCCUUCCGGAGGCAUCAGAAACAGCAGCCCAACCUUCUCCUGGUUUGGUUUCCUUCACAACUUGUGGCUUUUCCCUCUCGUUUUGCCUCAAGUCAUCUGACGGAUGGUGUGAAGUGUUCGUGGCAAAAUGUGAAUUUAAAGCAAAAAAAAAAAUAAUGAUAAUAAAGCACAAGAGAGAUGAUACUGGAACAGUUGUUACACCCACAGAAGCCAUGUUUCCAGAGAAAGUUUAGAUGGUAAAAAAAAAAGAAAAGAAAAUAGAAAAUAUGUCUUUAACCACUUUUUUUUGGAUUACAUAAGGUUCACACUAAUGCCAGCAAAAUGGAUUUUUAAAAAAUGUGAAAAUGGAGUGUUCAUCUCUUUAUGUCAUUGCCUCAACAUAUGACACCAUCCUUCCAAUAUUUUGGAAACUGACACACAAUGAUUCAAACAAACAUCAAGGUGCAGCGGCUUAUAAAAUUCUUAUCUGCUAUGUUACAACUGCAAAACUUUGGUGCAUUUCAUUAGGAUUUUAUAAGGCUGAAAGGUAGAGAGAGAAGGAUGCAUGGUCUCUAGACGUUUUCACAAGCAAAAACCUGACUAGAUUUGCACGUGUUCACUGUUACAAUCUGGUAUUUUUUCCUUCCUCUUCACAAAAACGAAGAGCUUCUGUCUUGAAAGCCGCAUCAACUUUAGAACGUGAGAAAAUGUGAACCGUUUCAAGACGUGUGAAUAAUUAUACAGGACGCUGCAUACGGUCACAUUUACUCAUCCAAAACAUGUCUUGUCAACGGGGAACUGUGCCUUUACCAUCCUUACAACGCCACCGAUGUGUUUGAAAUGGUUCUCUCACGAGAGGCCGACAGUCACAUCCCAUCAUUCGCCCUCAGAGUCUCGUUUAAGAAACUAUCUUAAAAAUUGUUGAAAUUAUUUCAACAAGCAGUUUACAGUUUAGAUAAUCGUCCACAAAUCUCUGAAAGUCAAUGUGGGGUCUGUGAAACUUGUAAUAGUUUGGAGGUGGUUUUUUUUUUGUUUAUGUCUGGAGUAACUUUAAUGAUGGGAGUGUUUUUAAACCCUAGCGGAGUAUCACCAGAAAAUUAAUGUGAGAGGGCCGAGAGUUCACGGCCAAUCUGCAUCGGCUUUUCAGCCUCAUUAGCUCUGUUUGUAAUGAAUGCUUCUCGGCCUUUGCAAUUUUACACAGAUGAAGCCCUGAUGUCCUCUGAUGAUCCCUCCCCGUUCUUUGUUUGUUUUUGUUUCCAAAAGACUCUUGAACGCUCUUUUUGUCCAAAUUUUAGCCAGCAUCCUCUCUCGACACUCUUCAGCUUUUACAUUGACAAAAAAAGCAUUUUUUUUAUUAAUAUAAAAAGAAAUGGUGCAACAUUUGUUAUGCUGCUUCUUUUAAAAGACUCUUCUUGAACAUUUGCGAGGAAAAAACAGAACAAUGAAUGUAAUGAAUGAAGCUAAGCACAUGAUGGCACUAUACAUUCAGCAAACAGCUUGUUGUGGAGCUGAAUCCUUCUUUGACUUUCUGCCAACGCUGCCUGAGAAGCUUUUCUGUUACACCUGUGGUCCACAAUAGAUGUUCAGUGUCAUUUUUAUUUUCUCACUCUUUUUUUUUUAAUUGCAAGUUUUAUUUUGCUUUCUGAAACCCACUUUUUUUUUCCUCAGCUUUUUAACAAAUGCAGUGUUUUCUGCGGACGUCCCCAAUCCCUGUUUCCUGUGAUUCUGCUAACUCAUUUUGAGCAUUCUGUGUUGGAGCCAACUUCUCCCUGGACAGGAUGUAUACAUUUGUAACGACACGAGUUCAACAGGAAGCAACAGAGACUGUUGUCGAACGGAGGGUAAACAAAUGGACGAUAUAUCUAAUGAACAGCGAGUGCAGAGCGCCUCUUGCGUAUUUUGAUCACAUCUUAGACUUAAGUGUCCUUCAUGAUUCACUGACGCUGGUGAAAAUCAUCUGCAUGGCGACUGAACGUUUGGGGAAUGCAAACUUCCUGGUGUUUCACUGCAGAGCGUUAAAGCGUAGAGUUUGUCAUUUUUUUUUUUCUUUUCCUGUAGAAUGCUAAGAUAUUCAAAUCCUCCUGAUUGCAUUAAACAGCUGUGAUGCACCA